CUGGUGUAAUGGGCGGAGCUACUGUGAUGUGGCGUUUUUAUUAAUCCCACUGAGAUUCUACAAGGGAGCCGUUACCAAGAGAGAGGACGACCCGAACCGAACUGACUGCUUAUAAACUCAAACACCUACCCGAAACAUCAGAAAUGGACCAACGGAACCAGUUAAAGAAGAGAACCGGAGCUGCGGAGCGUGCGAGCUGAACUUUUAGCGGGGAGUUUAGUUGUUUAGGUGGGAGACGGUGAGAGCGGGCGGGCGGUCGGUCCUCCGGGAGCCAACAUGGAUGUCCUGGGAGAAACGGGGCGCCUCUGAGGAACACUUCCGGCCGUUUCUGGGUUACUGGAACCGAACAGUUCUUCUGGAGCAGCGCGGAGAGGUUCUGAAGCAGGGCUCAGUUCACCAGAUGUUCAGGCUGCGGCGCUGGGACGUCCCGGGCCUGGACCCGGACCCGGACCCGCUCACCGCCGCCCCCAUGGGGCCCAACAUCUCCUGGCUCCAGGAAGCGCCGCUGCUGGGGUCGGACCGGCCCACCUUCCUGAUGUCGCCGGCGGCGCAGGCGGUGUCCGGCUUCUUUGUCUGGACCGCGCUCAUCCUCACCUGUUACCAGAUCUACAUGCACCUGCGGUUCUACAGCGCGCCGCAGGAGCAGCGCCACAUCGUCAGGAUCCUCUUCAUCGUUCCCAUCUACGCCCUGGACUCCUGGCUCAGCCUCCUCUUCCUCACCAACGACCAGUUCUACGUUUACUGUGACAGCGUCAGGGACUGCUACGAAGCGUUUGUGAUUUAUAACUUCCUGAGUCUUUGCUUCGAGUAUCUGGGCGGAGAGAGCGCCAUCAUGGCGGAGAUCCGGGGGAAACCUAUCGAGUCCAGCUGUUGCUACGGUACCUGCUGCCUGCGCGGCCGCCCGUUCUCCAUCGGGUUCCUGCGGUUCUGUAAGCAGGCCACGCUGCAGUUCUGCGUGGUGAAGCCGCUGAUGGCCGCCGUCGCCGUGCUGCUGCAGGCCUGCGGCAGAUACAGAGACGGAGACUUGGACGUUGCCGGCGGUUACCUGUACGUCUCCAUCGUCUACAACGUCUCGGUCAGCCUGGCGCUCUACGCGCUCUUCCUCUUCUACUCCUCCACCAGAGAGCUGCUGAGCCCCUACAGACCCAUGCUCAAGUUCCUCACCGUCAAGUCCGUCAUCUUCCUCUCCUUCUGGCAGGGCAUGUUGCUGGCCAUCCUGGAGAAAUGCGGGGCCAUUCCUCAGAUCAACUCUCCGGGGGUUUCCGUGGGCGAGGGCACGGUCGCCGCCGGUUACCAGAACUUCAUCAUCUGCAUAGAGAUGUUUUUUGCAGCUCUGGCCCUUCGGCACGCUUUCACCUACCAGGUCUACAUGGACAAAAGCCUCAACUCCACAGGAUUUAUUUGUACAUACGGAGAGUUUGGCCGCUGCGCCCCGAUGAAGAGCAUCUCCAGCAGCCUGAAGGAGACGAUGAGCCCCGGCGACAUGGUCCAGGACGCCAUCCACAACUUCUCGCCGGCGUACCAGCAGUACACUCAGCAGGCCACGCUGGAGCGGGGGGCGCCGCGGGCGCCACGCCCUGCGGCGGCGGCGCUUGGCGCCGGCGGCGACACAGAGAAAACGCUGCUGCUCAGCUCAGACGAUGAGUUCUAGAGCCGAACGCUUUCUGCUGUCAGACUGAAAUCUAAAGAGAAUCAAACCCGACGCAGACUGAUUAUUCUGGGAGGAUUUAUGGGGAAAUCAAGAACCUUCAGGCAGAAACUGGAGCAAAACACUCAGAAGUCUGAGUCUGUGGAAACUCAGCCUGAUUAAAUCUGAACCGUUUAAAUCCUUUAAUAUAACCUUAUUUUUAUACUUUUAUUUUUUCUUCCAAAAUAUGUCACUCAGUCGAAAUCUAUUCUUUAAAACUGAUUGUUUUUCUUAAAAUAUCUUCUUCAGAUUGUUUUACCAAACGAUGGAACGACCUGAAAAUAUGGGCCAAUACCAAUUUUUACCAAUUAAAUAUCAAUAUUAAUAAUUGGUUAUUAUAAUCGUACAAUAUGAUGGAAAGGAACAUCUUUUUUUAUUUAAAAAUAUCUUUAGAUUGUUUUCCCAUAUUCUGAUAUUUAGAUAUUUAAAUAUCAGUUUUAAUAACUCGUGGAUUCACACAAUAGUAAACAUUAACUAAUAUCGUCUUCAGAUUGUUUUACCAAACGAUGGAAAGAUCUGAAAAUUUGGGCCAAUAUUGAUAUUAAUAAUUGUUUAUUUUUGUUGCACGAUAUGAUCAAACAAUGUGAUCAAAGAACAUGAUAGGACUAAACAUCAGUUAUUAAUAUCGGCCCAGUUUCACUUAUUGGUCCGAUAUAUUAAUAAAUGACUAAGAUCAGCAGAUUAUGACAUUAAUUACGAUAAAAACGCUCCUGGUGCGGUGCACCGAGAAAUCGGCUCUGAUUUCCUUUAAUUUAAAAAAUCGGCCGAUGCGUCCGAUCUUCCUCCACAGAUCUGAGAAUCUGGAUGUAAACGACGGCCACUCACUGUUGCAAACUUAGCGAUUUUUCUUGCUAUAUUUAUCGACAUUUCAGACAAACAAUCGGUAUCGGUGAAAAUCAUUGGGUGGUAAAGAUCGAUGACCGGCCAGAAAACUGCAGCUUUGAUUCCUGGUUGUCAUUCUGCUCUUAAAUAUUUAAGAUAAUUUUAUUUUAAAUAUUGAGUGGCUUAAAAAUGUGACAUUUAACUUAAUUUUGUUUAAAUGAUUUGGUUUAUAAAUCCAGAUCGACUCUGUGCUGCUUCCAGGUUUGUGUUUGAUGGAUUACAAUCAGCCGAGCCGACACCGAGGUCACCAGCAUUGAUCCGCUUCAUUGACAUUCACACCAGUUUGAUAACUGGGUCAAAGGUCACUGCAGCUUUUAUUGAUGAUGGUUUUUAUCUUUGGAUAAUUAUUAUUUUUAAUGCAGGAAAAGCAGCGACUCUGAACCCAAAUGAUCCAGAAACUGGAAAUAUUCACUGAUUUCUUCUGGAUUUAACAGCUUAAACGUUUAAAUCUCCGCCGGUCAGCAGUGCAACAUCGUUUUUUAUUUUUGUUGUUGUUCCUGUAACUCUAACAGUCAGGCCCUGAAGUGCCAACAGACUCAAUUAAAAAGUGAACAUAAAGUUUAAAUUUCCUGUUUUUCUUCCAUUUGGAAGCACUUUUUUUCUCCCUCUGGAGCUUUUCAUGUGGUUUUUGUUUAGAUCUCCCACAAGCAGCUGCUCUUUCUGUUUUUUACUCAUAAUUGGACUUGAGUCAUCUGGAUGAGUCAUGGUCAAAAUGCCAGCUUGUUUACUUGCUAGUUUCACUACUGCGCUGUAGUUCAGGCCGUGGCCGCCAGAGGGCGCGCUAAGGAUCAUUUUAACGCUUGUUUUGGUGACGUGUGUUCAGUCCAGAGAAAAUCUAAGAUGUUAACCUGAUUCUUUUUGUAUUUUUAUUUGAAUAACUUUGUUUUUAGUUGUUUCAGUCGUUGCUGUGAUGAACGGAUGAAUAAAAUAAAAACUAUUGGGUUUGAAUUGA